UACUCGUUAUAGUGAUUUGUGUUGUGGUGCGACCAACGGAUGCGUAUUGCAGACCGUUGUGAAGGAAGGAAGGAAGAAGGUCUCAAUGACUCAAUGUGAAACGAUUUGCGAUUAAGAGCGGCAGCCGAGCGUUUUUUGAGGAGCGGAGGGAGGAAUUUCUUCGAGAGCAGAAAACGAAAAUGGUGCCAGUGAGUGCGCAUCGGUGGCUUAUGAACACGCUGAUGAAGCCGGUCUUCCAGCAUCGAUAGUGUCGGUGGAUUGAUCGUGGUAAAUUGAGUGCGCCCGGAGUUUGAGUGUGUUUGUACUGAGCAUCGAGUGUGCUUGCAUGUGAUAGCAACAGUAGCCGUAGGAGCAGCAGCAGAAGAGCAGAAGGCAAUCCUGCCUGGCAACAGACCGACAUGUUAGCCAUGCACCACAUGACACCGGUAGAAGUUACCCAAAUCUCUAACCUACACACGCUCAUUCUCGAAAUUAACAGAGAAGUGGCACUGUUCCGGGACCUGCUCAUUCACGUCGGCCAGUCAAGGGACUGUCCUGAGCUGCGGGAGAAAAUACGGAAGCUGCGCCGAUCCUGCGUCGAAGCCUGCAAGCAUACCGCCGCCCUAAUACUGCCCCAAAUUCGAACGGCCAUCGCCGAAGGCAUCCUCACCGAUAACCCCCAUCUGGUGCUGCUGUUCUACCUUGCUCAACUGUUUCUUAGAGAAUUAAUCAAAAGCCAUCGGCUGGUGCAGGUCAUACCGAUGGAUAUGUCCGGCUAUUACGAAAAUCGUGCCGGACCGUCGAACCUGGGCAACGUGAUAAGUCAGAUACUGCUCUGCAAGCAAAUAACGCCCGACUUCAACCAGGAGGAGCUGUGCAGCAUCACCAAGGACUCGCAGGAGAUUGCCCGAAUACUGCAGGACCUGCAGGAGUUUAUGCCCCAGCAGGAGACCUACCUGGAGAAAACAAUCGCCCUGACGAACGAAAUCAACGGACCGUGGCCAGCGAAACGGCGCCGUGGUUCACUGUACAAAAACAUGGGACUCCUGUGCUGCGUUUCACGUCCGAACUACCUAUGAGCGCACACAACAUGCCAAGAGUUAGUGCGCCCAUUGUAAUUACCUUGUCCGUGGACUCCGCAUCACGUUGCACCUUUUCACAGUUGUAGAGAAAAAGCGUAAACCCACCGAUCACCCAACCUUCCCCUCUUAACCACCACCACCAGUAUCCAGAUACCCACCUCACAUAUUGAUACACAAUCAAUGAGCUUGAUGGUGAGGGUCGGCCCCAAGUGAUCGACUGCACUGAGGACCGGCAUCCCAUCAAUCUUACGGGACGCCGACCUCCGUCAUCAUCAUCAUCGCAUCCUGCAACUCGCCGACGACGCAUACUACCGGCCUACUAGACCAGGUGUGCUGGAUCUAGGAGGCCGCAGAAAUUUGUUUCCCAAACCCCAAAAAGCCAACCACCGUGGCACGACAUGGCCUCGUGGGUCCACUGACUGACGUGUGCACCCGGAGCAUUCCCAGCAGUGGUGGCCGCCAGUCGAUAAUCACGGCACGAGCUGAAUGAGAUAAAACAAAAAAAGUGCAAUUCCGGAACACGGAAUGUCCAUCAAACGAGACAACGCUGGACAACGCGAACACCAGUAAUCAGUAAGGGCAAGCGCCGGUAGAACCAAUUCCAUUGCUGGCUGGCGGACAGUCCGUUCCUGGCCGUUACGUUGAGCAACUGGAUUGGAAUUGGUGCUCACAUCGGAAUGGGGUGCAGCAUGAUGCUGGGUCGUCAACAGUGCAUCACGGUGGAACGAAAACAAACCACGUCACGGUGAGUCGAAAUCGAAAAACAACCAACCAACCGGCCACCCCAAACCACAUCACACGGUACCGGCAGUGGUUUAUUUAUCUUCGUUUUAGCACUUUUUCGAUGGCCAUCUUUUUGUUUUGGUUACCUUAUAUCGGUGGUGCUUGUUGUUGAUGAUCAGGAUGCAGGAUGCAAGAUGCAGGAUGAUUGGAUGGUGAUGGUUCUGCUCCUUUUUUCUGUUGUGGAUCCCAAAAAAAAACUUCACUCUGGACCGAUCGAAACUAGGCGUUCUAGUCCUUUAGCCUUGCGUUGUAGUUUUAUGGUUAGAUUGAACCCAUCGCGCGAAAUGAUAGAUCCGUGUUUGCGUGGCGUGGAAAUGUUCACCGAUAUCCUACAUUGUUGCAUGUCAACAGCGAACGCGUAGAAAACUGUACACGAGAGGGCAGCGAGGGACCCUUUGGCCAAUAAUCCGCUUUCGCUAACUCGCUAAUCCUCUCCCACCACCUUCCACUAAUUAUGUAGAUGUAUGCGGUCAGUCGUGGCAUAAUUUGAGCAUUUGUUUUGAGCACAUUUUCCCCGUUGGAUCUCGUGGUGGCUCACACGAACCACGACUGUGUGACUCACGCACUUGAUGAAGUGAACUUGAUAGCGCCAACGAGUCUACCGAGCACUAGCGAGCGGUCCCACGUCAAGGCUUAACACGCAAAAAAGGAAUAACAUUGGUUUGCCGGCAACUAUGGCACGGCAAAUGGUUCGACCAUUCGUUCAACUUUUCAUUCGUUUGCUAAAAGGUCAUUUUUAUUUAAUUUAACUUCCAUCGAUCAUAAGGUUCCGGACAGAACGAAUGGUCGCGCUUUUAGCCGUUAGGCAGCUUUCCUUUUCUUUUCUUUUCCUUUCUUGGAAACGAUCUGAAAGUGAAAAACCCCGCCCAAAAAAGCUCAUGUUUAAGCCAAACAGAAACGCAUUAAUCGUUCGAAUCGGAGCAGUGGGAAAAUGGAUUGCGCCAGCAAUAUCGAAUCUUUAAUUCAACAUCCGCUCGUUCAGCGAUACCGAGAGCCAUUUGCUCCGUUCAUUUGUUGCCCGUUCUUUGGUCCCUCUCGCCGCCCCAAGCCAACCCUAAUUGAGGUUUAAUCAAGCGGAAAAAUAUUUCUACUCAAGCCAGCACCAUCCCAUCUGCCCGCCUCUGCUGCUCGGGCGAACGAUUUCAUUAGAGAGUGUUCGUCCGGACGUCCGCCGGAUCGGUUCGGUUCGGAAAAGCAACAAUCAUUUCAAUAACCAUAACCUACUAAUGAUGGACGUAAAUAUUGGAUUAGAUUAGCGCGUGGCGUGGCAUGGCACGGGGUGGCUUUGGGGAGUACAGAGUCCAGAGCUUUCCUUCCGACCGGACUACGUGGCAAGCAUCCAUUUGUGUUGUUGAUGGCACCGUUGGGGCGUGAGGGCGUGCGAAUUGAAAGCUGGAACGUGAUUUCGAUUUUACAAAUAGAUUUUAAUGUUGCCAUUUCCCGUUUUGCAACGUAAUUCAAAGUUUGCUCGUAGGAUGGUGGCGAGCAUGAAGCAUCAUUAUUCCAUUUCGAGCUGGACAAGCGGAUACUGGCAGGAUACCAGCAAGGGAUCCUCACUUCGGGAAUAGAACAAGAUCUCACAUUUAUUAUUUAACAUGGAUACCAUAAAAGCAACAUUCCUGUUUAACUUUAGUGCAUAUCUAUUUUAAAAAGGCUGCUUAAAACGAUUGCGAUUAUAUUUUAUGAAAAGCAUGAUAAAUUUAGACAAAAGGCGCAAACGGGUUCGAUGUAAUUGACAGGGCAUCGUGAGCAUAUUUUUAAACUCUGAAUCGUCGGACAUCUGAACUCAACAAUAGGAAUCAACAGCCCAACUGUUGGCGAGAAACGAUGCGUGGAUGUAGUGAAGCAAUAUUUUUCAAUCCGAUAUUUUGUCGACAUUUUACCCAUCGUGUGCCGCACUCUCCAGUAAACGAAAGUCAUUCGAAAGUAUACAAAAUCGAUCGUAAUGUGUGGAUGAGUUGGUAAAAAAAAAGGUAAGGUUUACCAUUACGGCACGCUCUUGUAGCAUGUAACUACUAUUCCCAUUGAAAACAAUCGAGUCACCUACUAUAACGAUAAUGUAGGAGAACAAUUAGUGUAACGGUUUGUCGCAGUACAUCCAUUUACUAGCAGUAGCAGCAACAGUCUGGUCGUUGUAAAAUCGUAUUCGCACAAUGAGGCAAGUACCGUGUAGAAACAUUGUAAUAAAAUACUGUAGAAAUCGAUAGAUGUUUAUGUUGUAUCGAGUAUUUAAAUCAAUUCGAAGGGGAGUAUCCCUAGAAAAACAUGAGCCACCAGCUUGCUUUCGUUAAGUUUAGGAACACGCGAAGUCUUCUGUAUCGUUGGGCACCGCAACCAUGAAGCAUGAGCAUCGUCCGCUUUUCGUUACUUUUCACUAAGUUUAGUGAUAACUGUGAUAUAGAUGUCCUGAUUGUCAAUUUGAAAUGGAAUAAGAUUAUGUGGCACAUGUGUUACUGGCUAGUCGAUAAGAAAAGGCGAAGGAUGCGAGGAUGCGCGCAGGUCGUUGACGAUAACAAAGCUAUUGGAUGCGUUUCGUUGAGUUUUAAGCAUUUAUCAUCCACAUGUAUAUCCACGUUUUGAGUACACUAUAUAAGGCAAAGCGAAUAGAUUAGUGGUCAAAGCAAGUAAGCAAGCACACCCUGCAACAUAAUAAAAUUAUGUAUCCUAGUCUCUCUCCGCACAGAAACACGAAUCACAAAUCCACGGGGUACGCUUGCGUGCAGCACACAAUAAACCGAAACCGUCGCGUGAUGAGUUUAGAUGCAAACAAUGGGCAAAUGGAAUAAAGAACAAACACACUCGCAAUUCUCACUUCAUAGAAACACACAGCAACACAUAGAACACACUAGAGAAUUACACACUCGUUUGAUGCACCUUCGGUGGGUGGGAUCGCGUUUCCUCCCCCGGAAAAAUUUGUUCAUAAAAAAGAUGUAGCUAUAAGGGUAUGAAACACCAAAAGAAAAUUGAACGUCAAGACGAAAGAGAUAUUAUAAACAACUAGAUCAUUACAUAAAAGAGUGCAUUCGUUUCUAUAUUUAUGAAGAAGACAAAAAGAUAAAUUACAUUCGAUCAAAUCGUACACACGAGAGUCACCAGUAUUCUUAAGGAAACAAUCAAAUACAUUACUCUAUUCUCAAAACUAGUAUAAGCCAAGCGUAGCUACGUUGAGGUGAGGUGAAUCUGUUUGUCUGAGUGAAGUUAUGUUACAUUCUGAUAUAGAGUAUAACCAUAGGGGGAAACGAGAAACCAUAGGGGGAAAAGAUGUAUAAUGUCUUAUUUCGAGGACCAAUUUUUUAUUACACACGUACGCGCACACACAAAUACACAAACGGUCACACUCACUAUCCGGUGCACUUCAAGCAGGUCCCAGGAGGGCCACAUCAGCAGUUUGGUUUUUCAAAAACACUACUACUAAACGGAACAUUCAACUGAACAAUGAAGCUGCCACAAUCGGAUGCAUGACACUAGCACAGCAUUAAUCGCUUCCGGAGAGCAGUUGUUGAAUGUUCCAUUUCCACCCUGUUCCAUUUCUCAUCUUUUCUCAUCUUUUUUAAUCGAUUUUUAAUAACAAAAGUAAUUCCUACUUCCUGAAGACUGAACACAUUUCACCUAGAAGGUUUAGCCAACGCCUCCUCUCGGGUUAUGUUGUGCCGACCAUCGGUAGCAGCAGCAACAGCACAAUGUAAAACAGUUUCCAGUCGCUCACUGCACUCCUUUGUAAUCUGUUUCUGAUUGAAAGUGCAAUCAAACAAAUGUUGCGGCUACAAAUGGCGAUGGUCACUACCUAGCUCGCUUCGCCCUUCAGAGCACUGCGUAGGAGAAUGGAGAAGAACAUUCAUGAAGUGGAGAAAUGAAAGGAAACAACAAAAAAAAAACAAAGGAAAACAAAUAAAACCACUUCACCAGACUACACCAGAAAACGUAGAGUGAGGGAGAGAGAGCUGGUAGGGCUACAAAGCUAUGUAAUGAACCAAAACAAAGCGCAUAAAUGCGGGAAAAAACAAAGAAGCAAACGUUCUGUACCGUGAAACGAAUCCUGCAAAAUUGCAACACAAAAUCAAAUCAAUUACGAGCAAAACCAAAAACAAAACAAAGAUUCAAUAAAUAUAACAA